AUGGAUCAACUACACGCCGACCCAAAGCCUACCAAGAUAUGUCGUGGUUUCGCUGCUAAUCCGGUGUGGGAGGACGAUUGGAAUGCUACCGGCAGCACUUCGUUUAGUCCCCGGCCCGUUGCGAACGAGCAGGCGGAACUGGCUGAAGCUAUCAGACUGUCACUCGAGGACCGACAAAACUUGCUCCGUCAAAGCCAGCAACCAAUCGAGGAUGACUCCACAGGACAGACUCUGGAACUUGUGCUCAAUCUCAACAACGAGUUCGCUCCGCUGGAUCAACCGGACGACGACGUGGCGAUCUACUUUGGUGCCCCCCCACAAGAGGUUGGGCAGACAGCUCAGGACUACCAGUACAUUAAGCGUCACUUUGAUCGUGUCCAUGUCCUGAAUUCGAGAACUCUGCGACUCAUGGGCGACGAGUCCAGAUUUACCGACAACGAUUUGCUGAACCCGACGAAAUCAUUCCGUGCGGAGCGAAGAUUGAGGAAGGAGCACCGCACGGUGCUUGAAGAGGCGGAAAGGAAGCACGGAGGGAAAUUCAGAUGCUACAUCGAUCUUCGCCCACCCAGGGAAGAUGAGGAAGCCGUGAUCCUCAUCACCGAACUCUCCUGCACUCGUGGCGUGCUCACGUGGCAUCAGGCAAAAGACCACUACAAACUCGCACCUUUGUUGGUCCUAGGUCAUGAUGAGUUCGGAGCAGGAGCACUACCUCCAGGCCAAGACCCGGGACAUGAAGCUACCCCUUCCAAUACCGUGGGAGAGCCCCCAGCCGAUCCUGCUACCAGCCCAUCCAACCUAUUGGAACUUGCGCAAAAUCUGGUGAGUGCCCCUAGACCAUCGGGACCGAAGCCACAACCAGCAGUCGCGGCAGAGUAUUCCGCCCUUCGCCACCAUUCCGCUCUCGAGAGACUGUUGCAGGCCAUCAGUGGGAAGGACCCAAAGCUCGACUCGGCCCCGAAAGUGUGGACGUUCUUCGCUAUUGCUCGCUACUUCGGCUGCGCUGCCCAUGAGCGCAUCUCGGGCUGGAUUACUACUUGGCUCUAUGCAGGCACCAAUGCCAAUUUCGUCCAAAACAAUCCUGAAGUUGCGUAUCGAAUCGCCAUGGGCAUCAGGUCUCCAACUCUCGUCAAGGAUUCAUUCUCGAUCCUGGUCGGCGAGAGGGCUCUCAUCGAAGUCUAUGGAGAACACAGGUCAAACAUUCUCACACCACUUCGCCAAAACGUCCAUGGCCGGAAACUUGAGCUUCUCGAUGACGAUGAACGCAAUCGUAUUGAUCACGCUGCCUCGUCUCUUGUAAAGCGUAUUCGGGACAUCACCUCUCGUAUGUGUGAACAUUUAAGCUUCCUACAAGAGAGCACCAUGUACGGCGUUCUUGACAAGACCAUCGCAGAGAUGCCGAAAGAGGCGGAGUUGUUGAUGUCAGCGAAAAGGACUAUCCGCGAAUACGUGCGCUCAAGAAUCUACUUCGUCCUUUGCCAGGAUCACAAGCCCUUUGAAGAGCUAGAGCAAUAUGUGACAUCCACUCUCCGAUUCCGAUCAGCUACGGCUAACAGCUGUUCUGAACUGUAUAAGACCCUCAACCCAUCAACGAGGCCCUUCACAAAGACCUUUUGGCUUGCUUUACAGCAUACGCAAUUUGACAUUGGUUACACGAACAUCGCCUCUAAAGGCACCACCUCACUUUUAUAUGACACCGAGCACACCCUAGAUUUCAAGGCGCUCUACCAGAAACAGCCAGAGAACGGCAUCACCCAGAUACUACGGACCAUGUUCGACGACAAGAUCGUUGCGGUGAAUCGGAUGUUGCGCGAGCGAGAGCGUGUGAAACACCGGGGACCGGAGGGCAUUAAUCAUCUGAUCUCUGAGACGAGUGCAGGUGGCAUCCAAGAUCCCGCUGACUUGACACUCGACAAACUUGCAAUCAAAACUCCCCCAGGAAGCUCGUUAUCUCGACCAGCAGAAGAACCAUCUUCGCCCACCAAACGACGUAAGACCAGCGAAGCCGAGGAACUCAUUGGUGGUUUCUGGGAUAUGGACAAUUCAGUCCCUCCUUCCAGUAGGCCAGCUCCCAGCGAGGAAGUGGCCUUCGCCGCCGGCCCAUCAAAGUUUAGUUCAGCUCCAGCCGCACAAUCAGAAGACGAAUCAGACUUGUUCUUGUUCUCGUCCAAUACAGCGACCGCUCCAGCCGUGUCUGAGGAAUACCGUAGCAAUAUUAGCGCUUGGAUAUCUUCUUACAGAAUUCCAGCUUCCGCAACGCCGUCAUGGUCAAGCAUCGAUGGCCGUCUAGCUCCGCAGGUAGAGAAGAGGGCUACAGUCUCGAGCAAGACUCAACCUACUCUUGCCUUGCGACAGAAGGCGAUGAGGAUGGAUGCUUCUUGUCCCGUUCAGAGUCGUAUGGGAGAACAACGGCUCGAGGAGCAGCAACGAACAGUCGAGCAUAUACAGCUCGGGCCGACCCCUGCGACCGCGUGGGCGGGAAAAGUAGCCGAGUUUCUUGCAAAACGCAGAAGCUCCAAGGCUAACUCAACCCUGCCGGGCCGUCCUGAGGCUGACUCAAUGGCGGUGAAUACCACCGAGAAAGCUAACCCUUCAACGCUUCAUUCGUCGGCUCCAUUUUUGGAAGGUGAAGCAUGGUCAGGCACUGGAGAUGGCUCAGACUCGAACUCGGACCCGCCUGCCGCCACCAAAGAGCGGCCUUCCAUGGAGGCAGGUAUAGUGCGUCGUGAUUCUGCAAUGCAAACAGCAGGAUCGUCCUCAUAUGAGCAGAGGUCUUUCAAUGGCUUUCGCAGCAUCAUGUCUACGCCUCAACGGCCGUUACAGCCGACCCCCGGAAGUAGCAACCGCACAGUCCUACAAGCCUUCUCCAACAGCAAUACCCCUGGACAGGCCGGAUAUCUGACCGGCCACUGCAAAGCCAGUGCCUACGGCUCAAGUGGCAAUCAGCCCCUCUACCCUAUCAAUCCGCAGCAGAUGCUCCACGAGAUUGGCGCAGCCGUGGGCAACAUCUGUUCCAGUGUCCUCUAUCCGCCCCAUCUGUUCCAUCAAACCAGUCUGUUGCCGACGGAUCUCUUCGACACGUUGCUCAACGUCAAUGAGGAUGAAUUCCGGUACCUACCGCUUUGGGUGCCCGACGGCAACGACGACGGAAGUGGUGGUGUAUUUGACGAGACACCCGUGCCAAAUUUGGAUCCCGUCAGAGCUACCUUUGAGUCUUUCGGUCCUGGCCGCAUCAGAAGAGCCUAUGAUCAAGUCGAUUCGCCGAUGAGCAACUGUGCAAGUGACAUUGAAGAUAUCAGCAGCAGUCAAGCCAUCUCGACAGUCGGCAGGGCGAGCAAACUAGCCACCGACGGAACACAUACCGUGACGAGUCUCUCCUCUGACAUUUCUAGCGCCGAUGGCCGCCCUGACACAGACGUCGUACUCGUUGACCCGGCAAGCGAUAGCGCUUCAUUGGGUGGGAUUCACCUCAGCGAGGGUGCCCUAAGACGAGGAGAUACCGCGGGCAGCUCUGCAAUGAUGGAGGGCCUCGAGACCGAACUUGAGAUAUCCGAAACCAGUGGUGACGACGACACCGACAUCGACACCAUCAACGGCGACGACUCGCUCGAAAAGGAAAUGACGACGAGUUUGUGGGCCUUUGUUGCUGGCGAUGAUCCCGAGUCUCCCUCCAACCCCAACGAGCCAUACGAGAGUUUACCUGAUACAAGUGAAGAAGCAGAGCAGGCCGAGCAAGCAGAGGAGGAGUCCGACAUCAGGCCUGUCCCUGGUCCUGGUCAACCUGCACUCUUCCACGCUGUGGCGGAGGGCGAGACGAAGGCAGAGACGGAAGGAACAAGAGAAGGGCGAGAAGAGAAAGGAAAGGCCAAAGCGCAGAACCAACCGUUCGUACUACUGCGGAAUCGACACGAAGAUCACGUCCUUGAGCAUCCCAAGCAGAAUCGGCCCGCUCCGUCCGCUCAGCCCGCUCAGUCCGCCCAAGUGAGUUCCGAUGUCCGACGUACCGCGAUACCCCAACACGAAGACGAAGACGAGUACGAAUUUCUUUAA